AUGAAUGCUCCUACCACUGUAACCGCCAUCACCACCACCACUCCGUCUAGGGAUGAGCCUGACUAUGACAGCAGCUCCUCCUCCAUCACGGUGCCGGAAUCCACCCGGAGCUGGAUGACCAACCUCAGCUUCGGCAGCCGCCGCCGCCGUAGCUCGGUCUCUGUCUGCUCCUCCACCGUGGAGAGUCCUCACGCCAGGCCCCACAAGGCCAACCAGGCUGCAUGGGAGGUCAUGCGGCGGCUCCGGCGGGACAAGGGGCAGGUGGGGCUGGAGCACUUUCGGCUGCUGCGGCGGCUGGGAAGCGGCGACAUCGGGAACGUGUACCUUUGCCAGAUAAGGAACCCCGUGGUGGGGUUGCCGCAGUGCUUUUACGCGAUGAAGGUGGUGGACAGAGAGGCACUUGCGAUAAGGAAGAAGCUGCAGCGAGCGGAGAUGGAGAAGGAGAUUCUGGCCAUGCUUGAUCAUCCCUUCUUACCUACCUUGUACACUGAGUUUGAUGCUUCUCAUUACUCUUGCUUGGUCAUGGAGUUCUGCCCCGGUGGUGACUUGUAUGCUGCACGCCAACGCCAGCCCGGGAAGCGCUUUUCCAUAACAUCCACUAAGUUUUAUGCGGCUGAGACGCUAUUGGCAUUAGAGUAUCUUCACAUGAUGGGCAUAGUGUACAGGGAUUUGAAGCCAGAGAAUGUGCUUGUGAGGGAGGAUGGACACAUUAUGCUUUCAGACUUUGAUCUUUCGCUCAAAUGUGACGUUGUUCCCAAGCUGUUAAGAAGUAAGACGAGAGUAGAACGCAGUAUCAAGAGUACAAAGAGAUCUGUACCAGCCUGCACUGCCCCCAUGCAGCCUGUGCUGUCAUGUUUCUUGGCAUCAAGCAAGAAAAAGAAAGCGACUGUGACAACAGUUAUAAGGGAAAAUGUUGAGGUGGAAGAGCUUGAUCCGGAGCUGGUGGCUGAGCCUAUUGAUGCCAAGUCCAAGUCAUUUGUCGGGACACAUGAGUACUUGGCCCCAGAAGUGAUCUUGGGGCAAGGACAUGGGAGUGCAGUGGACUGGUGGACGUUUGGGGUGUUCUUGUAUGAGAUGUUAUACGGGAGAACACCCUUCAAAGGUGAAAAUAAUGAAAAAACUCUCGUCAACAUUUUGAAGCAGCCCUUGGCUUUCCCUAGAAUUGCAGUUAGCAGCAGCAAGGAUUAUGAAGAGAUGGUGAAAGUUCAAGACCUUAUAAGCAAGCUUUUGGUGAAGAAUCCAAAUAAGAGAAUUGGAAACUGCAUGGGUUCUGUAGAGAUCAAAAGGCAUGAGUUCUUCAAGGGUGUAAAUUGGGCCUUAAUUAGAUCAGUUAGGCCCCCUGAGGUCCCUAGUGAUGUGAACAAAAUUAGGAGUAGGGUUUUACUACCAAAACUAAGCAAAACAGACAGGGAUCAGCCAUAUCAGCCUAGAACUCAACACUUCGAAUACUUCUAA